AUGGAAGGAGGAAUCAGAGGUUGGCCGGGUUUGCCUGGAGUAAGAGGUCCACCAGGACCAAGAGGUACAAUGAGUAGAGGUACCCCAGGUCUGCCUGGAUCAGAUGGUCAGCAAGGACUACCAGGAGUAUCCUAUGUGGGAAGGCCAGGAAUACCAGGAAUUCCAGGAGCAAAAGGUGAAGGAGGACUCUGUGGAGUAUCGGGUGACGUGGGACCUCUGGGAUUACAAGGAGAGGAAGGUGAACAGGGAGCACACGGUUCUCCCGGUGUGAACGCGAUCUCACAAGGUGGCAAGUCAGGUUCUCCAGGGCCACCAGGAUCUCCAGGACCUAAAGGCAAACGUGGAAUCAGUGGAGAACCAGGGCUGCCGGGUUUUCAUGGAGAAAAAGGGAACAUCGGGAUUGGCCUUCUUGGAAGAAAAGGAGAGAAGGGUUACCCAGGGCCACAGGGGAUGUCAGGACCUCUUGGAGAAGGAGUUGAAGGGAUGCCAGGUGUCCCUGGUACUGUUGGUACUGUGGGAGAGAAAGGUGAUGUGGGAAACCCUGGUGAACCUGGUAUCCCCGGGCUGCCUGGCGAAAGAGGAAUACAAGGUCUUCCAGGGAUCUCAGUAUCAAUAGCAGGAGCAAAUAGAAAACAAGCAGUUGCUGGCCUUCCUGGGAUAAAGGGUCCUCCUGGCCCAAAGGGUGUCAGGGGUAAACCUGGGUCACCAGCUCUUGGAGAACCAGGGUUACCAGGUAUAAAUGGUGAUCCUGGCCCUUGGGGCUUGUACGGUAAUCCUGGUGAGAAAGGGGAUCCAGGAAUAGAUGGACAAUUUGGUAUUGCAGGGCCCAGAGGAGCUCCAGGACCCAUAGGUCCAAUGGGAGAGCAGGGACUUUCAGGCCCAACCGGCUAUCCUGGGCCUUCGGGAGAUCCUGGGGAAAUCGGGCUGCAAGGACUCCCCGGAUUACUGGGUGAGGAAGGACCAUCAGGAUAUCCUGAGAUAGCAGGAAGUCGAGGAGAAGAAGGUACCCGAGGCCCACAGGGACAACGAGGACCACCUGGUCCACAAGGUGAUAAAGGAUCCAGUGGUAUUCUUGGUAAGUUAGGGAUAAAAGGCCUUCCUGGUUUUCGAGGGCCUUUAGGGCACCAAGGUGCUCAAGGAUCGGAGGGACCUUGUGGAAAUAUUGGUGACCGGGGUGUAUUUGGGCCUCAAGGUCUUCCAGGGCUAAAAGGAUUGAGAGGGGAUACAGGACUACCUGGGCCUUCAGGCCAACCCAACCUUCUCCAGUUUGGAAUUCUGCUGGAGGAAGCAGAUGGUGGUGUGGAAAUACAGGGAUCACCAGGACCUCAAGGACCCUCUGGACCACCAGGACCUCCGGGUCCACCAGGGCCAGCUGGAGAAACAAAUAUAUUGUCCAACACUUACCCUAAUUUGCAGCAGAUCUCAGGGGUGUGUAAUACUGGUCAAGGCUUUAAAGCCAGUCUCUCUACCCCAUACCCUAGAGCAGGAUCUCCAAUAGCUUUUGACAGAAUACAAUACAAUGAAGCCAAUAUCUAUGAUUCAGAGACAGGAAUUUUCACAUGUCAAAUACCUGGCAUCUACUAUUUCUCCUAUCACAUCCACGUCAGAGACAGAAGUGUUCUAAUUGGAUUAUAUAAAAAUGGCAAACCAAUUCUGUACACGUAUGAUGAUUACAAAGAAAGAAAGAUUGACCAUGCCUCAGGGAGUGUGGUACUCGAGCUUCAAGAAAUCGAUAAAAUAUAUUUACAAUUGCCAGUAGAAAGGUUUGGUGGUUUGUAUUCCUCCAGUAUAAUGCAAUCGUCCUUCUCAGGAUUUCUGAUUCACCAAACCAAUCCAAUGUAAUAGGUAGAGUUAUAUUCCUUACAUUCUGUCUGGGUAGCCUCCAACUUGAUGCUAUGAACAUUGAUUUUUUGAACUUCUGGUAAUUGCCCCCUGUCCUUCCUUCACCAUUCCCCAUUCCUAUUCCCUCUCUCAACUUCUCUCCUUACCUGCUCAUUCCCUCCCUCAGCUGCUCCUCCCACUUCCCUUUCUUCCAUGUUCUUCUAUCUUCUCCUAUCAGAUUCCCCCUUUUCUAGCCCUUUAUCUUCUUCGCCAAUCAACUACAUCUUUCUACUUCACCCUGCCUCCUGUCUCAUCCAUCACCUACCACCUUAUAUUUGUUCAUCUCCUACCCCCAUCUUCUUACUCUGACUUCUCUUUCUUUCCAGUCCUGAUGAAGAGUCUCAGCCAAAAGCAUCGACUGUUUACUCUUUUCCAUAGAUGCUGCCUGGCCUGCUGAGCUCCUCCAGCAUUUUCUGUGUUGUAGUAGGUAGAGUUGUGAGUUAAUAAUCACAGCUGUAUUGCAAUCUUAACAAAGGAAUCACAUUCUUUUUCAUUGUAAAUAUGGAAAAGGCUUUUAUUAUCUCUAACACCAUCAUGUGAAGCUGCUUUAGUCAUGAAUUGUUGCUGUUGUUCUUCUUAAGCCCACCACAGGCCACUGGCAGCAGUUUGUCAGAGUCCUCUGUCCUGGGCCAGACUUUCAAGUUGUCCCCAGGUGUAACCCAUCUUUGAAGAUCCUUCCUCUCCCAGGGAUGAGGUCUUUGGAGCCUUUGUUGGCGAUUCUGUAGCACUGGGUUAAUAUGGGAUGGGGUUGCUAGCUCCAUGCCAAACCUCCUCCUUUCACAGAUGUGCCUGGGACCAUCCAUGGUGGAGUUAUGAAUUGUAUGUGGGACUCAUAGUUAAAUUUUA